CCCCUAAAGUUUGGUGUGUCUAAAUUAACUUACACAAGCACAUAAAGGCCUUAAAAUGAUACUUUUUGUACCAACAUUCAAGUUAUUCUGAUCAGAAAUUAAACUAACUUUACGUAAAACUCCUAAGUGGCUCUGCAAGGUUGAUGAAUCAGUUAGAAUCUAGCAGAAUGUUCCACUUCAGAAAAGUUAAACAUCAGGUGAAAAAUAGUAGUGAAAUUAUUUUUUAUACAUUCACCUUUGGAUACUGAGAAUUAUUAAACGCGCAUGAUUGCCUUGCAUGUCUCACGUUUACACCUACAUGUAGUUUUUAAGUGUUUGAGUAUAAAAUGCCCUUUGAAGUCCCCAGUGCAUGCAAAAUGACCAGUUUGGCAAAGGUUGUCGGUGUGUUCUGGCGACUUAGUGUACUCCAAUUUGACACCCUCUUUGAAAUUUCUGACAAACCGUGUAAUCAUUCACCCGUAAACCCCGCCAUGGUCCUCUUAGUGAAAAACCGCAGUUUCAUUUAUUAAUUGUUUUAAUACUGUUCCUGUAAUACGAAAUACUGCAUCUCAGUGUGAAGUUUGUUCAGAAUAUAGGACGGACGGGUAUAAGCCAGUCUAUCUGAUAACAUGCAAAUCUCGCUCUAAAGCGUGAUUGCACCUUACAUCCAUGAAUGCCAUGCCCAAACCUUUGAGUUCAGCGUUAAUCAGCAGUGAAAUAAAUAAUGAUGGUAUAUAAAAAGAAAAAAGGUUGACAUUGUGAUAUGUUGCAGAUUCUUUCGCAAUGGCUGUCACACGUGUCAUGCCUGUAGCCCUGGUGGAAAAUGGAGCAAAUUUCCGUAGAAAGUAAUUCAGGCCUAACCUCUGUAGUCUGUUCUUCAUUGCAGCCUUCAACGUAGCGUUUUAUGGGAAUGCUAGCUAAGGAGUGCGCGUGUAUCGUAAGAUAACAGUUAUCUAUCCAGCUUGGACCCGAGGCUCCGUUAUGGAGGAAAGUGAGGUAUCCCAUUCAAGCUGGUGCCCUCGCUGCUCAAGGUCUUCUCACAGACCACCAAAUAACUGUCCCCAUCAGGUCGCGCUAGGUUUUCAGAUUGCCGAUUAUGCCAGAUCAUGAUCAGUCGGAAUAAAACUGAGGUAAAUUGAGAUGAGGCGGGAUUUCACAGGUAAUACAUGUGGUCAUUUGCCAAACACCACUCUCGUCACUGCCCUGGUGGUAUUAUUCGCUGUGUUAAGAGUCUUCUACAUUUUAUCCACUAUGAACCGAUGAACUGUGCCUUGUUUAAUUUGUUGACCAAUUUUUACGCUUUCCCAUUGACGGCUCCAGGGACUGUGUGGACCUACUGAUUAAGGCCAGGGUUCACCUCGAGUGUCGGGAUAUCUGGCAACGGACCCCGCUACUGAAGGCCGUUGUGAAUCACCAUUAUACCAUCGCCUCCAUGUUAAUGGCCGCGGGGGCAAGUGUCAACGCCGCGGACGAUGAUAAGAAGGUUCCGCUACACGUAGCCGCGAGCUACGGGAAUUCUCGCGGCGUCAACGAACUCCUGGAGUGUGGUGCGGAUAUCGACUUCCAGGAUCUGAACGGCAGAACUGCUCUGUACUUUGCGGUAUUUUCGGGUCACAAUCACAUCGUUACCAAGUUGAUAAAACACGGUUGCAAUGUGAACCUACGCCGACGAGAAGGGACAAAUGCAUUGUAUUUGGCCGCCAAGAAACAGAACUUGAACUGUGUCCGGCAGUUGUUAGAGGCCGGUGCUGAUACAGUUCACGUAGUCCCUAGGAAUUAUCAGAAUAGGGACGAAUUGGUGAGGAUAGCUAUUCGCCAGCUAGGCUCUCAGGGAAAAACUCCACCGGACGCCUUUGAAAUUCUGAACUUGACGAUAACUGCCCACGGCCUUGUACCUGGACAGCAGCUAAUGUCAUCGGCGCUCACGCAGUACAAGAAGCAGCCGAACGGAGACAUGCGAUUGGUUAUUCACCGCCUGAUUUUGGCAGAGGGUGUGGUUAAAGUGCCGGACUCUGGGAAUAACUCGCCGACCAUUGGCUACCAAGAACUGCAAGAGGCGGUGUCAAAGUGGCAAAUGGAGCACGGGAUUGGUAAUCCGAAAGCUCCGUCCACUCUGAAGGACGUUUGCCGGAGGAUUAUCAGAAGCUCGAUCAUGCAUUCCUGUUCGGCAGGCAUGUCCUCUGCGCGUGUGAUCGCUUACACCUUCCAAGGGCAUUAA